GGUCACGUGGCGCGCGACCCGGAGGCGGAACCCGAACUCGGCUCCAGGAUCGCAGAGGACCCGGCGGGCCUGCAGGGGUUGGGGGUGGCCCCGCGCCCCUGCGAUGCGCUCUCUUGCCGUGCGCUCCCCGCCCCCCCACCCCGCGCUGCUCACGCUCCUGGCGGCGCUGCUGACCGCGCCCCGGGCCGCCUUGGCCGAAGCCCCGAACUUGGUGCGCGUAGACGCAGCCCGCGUGGUGAGCCCCCUGCGGCACUUCUGGAGGAGCACAGGCUUCUGCCCCCCACUGCCACACAGCCAAGCCGACCAGUAUGACCUCAGCUGGGACCAGCAGCUCAACCUGGCCUAUGUGGGCGCCGUGCCUCAUGGUGGCAUUGAGCAGGUCCGGACUCACUGGCUGCUGGACCUCAUCACGGCCAGGGGAUCGGCUUGGCAGGGCCUGCACUACAACUUCACCCACCUGGACGGGUACCUGGACCUUCUCAGGGAGAACCAGCUCCUCCCGGGCUUCGAGCUGAUGGGCAGCCCCUCAGGACGCUUCACCGACUUUGAGGACAAGCAGCAGGUGUUGGAGUGGAAGGACCUGGUCUCCCUCCUGGCGCGGAGAUACAUGGGUAGGUAUGGAUUGGAGCACGUUUCCAAGUGGAACUUUGAGACGUGGAACGAGCCGGACCACCACGACUUUGACAACGUGUCCAUGACGAUGCAAGGCUUCUUCAACUACUAUGACGCCUGCUCCGAGGGUCUCCGUGCGGCCAGCCCCGAGCUGCGCCUGGGUGGCCCCGGGGACUCCUUCCACCCGCCGCCGCAGUCCCCGCUGUGCUGGGGCCUCUUGGGGCACUGUCACCACGGCACCAACUUCUUCACGGGGGAAGUGGGCGUGCGGCUGGACUACAUUGCACUCCACAAGAAGGGUGGGGGCAGCUCCAUCGCCAUCCUGGAGCAGGAGAAGGUGGCCGUGCAGCAGAUACAGCAGCUCUUCCCCAAGUUCGCCGACACCCCCAUUUACAACGACGAGGCUGACCCGCUGGUGGGCUGGUCCCUGCCGCAGUCCUGGAGGGCCGACGUAACCUACGCUGCCAUGGUGGUGAAGGUCAUCGCGCAGCACCAGAACCUACUGGUGGCCAACACCAGCUCUUCCUCCGUCCGCUACGUGCUCCUGAGCAAUGACAACGCCUUCCUGAGCUACCACCCACACCCGUUCUCCCAGCGCACGCUCACCGCACGCUUCCAGGUCAACAACACACGCCCGCCCCACGUGCAGCUGCUGCGCAAGCCGGUGCUCACCGCCAUGGGGCUGCUGGCCCUGCUGGAUGAAGAGCAGCUUUGGGCCGAGGUGUCGCAGGCAGGGAUCGUGCAGGACAGCAAUCACACUGUGGGGGUCCUGGCCAGCACCCACCGCUCCACUGGCCCCGCAGACGCCUGGCGCGCCACGGUUCUGGUCUACGUGAGCGACGACACCCACGCCCACGCCAACCGCAGCGUCUCCUUGACCUUGCGAUUGCACGGGGUGCCCCCAGGUUCAGGGCUGGUGUACGUCACGCUGUACUUGGACAACCGGCUCUGUAGCCCCCACAGAGAGUGGCAGCGCCUCGGCCGGCCGGUAUUCCCCUCGCCCGAGCAGUUCCGGCGCAUGCGUGAGGCCGAGGACCCUGUGGCCACAGCGCCGCGCCCCUUCCCCCCCGGCGGCCGCCUGACGCUGCAGCCCGAGCUCCCACUGCCCUCGCUGCUGCUGGUGCACGUGUGUGCGCGCCCUGCGGAGCCGCCAGGCCAGGUGACCCGGCUCCGCGCUCUACCCCUGACCCACAGGCAGCUGCUUUUGGUCUGGUCGGAUGAGCGCAUGGCCUCCAAGUGCCUGUGGACAUACGAAAUCCAGUUCUCGCGGGAUGGUCAUGCGUACACUUCUAUCAGCAGGAAGCCGUCGACCUUUAAUAUCUUUGUGUACAGUCCAGACACAGCUGUCGUCUCUGGCUCCUACCGGGUUCGAGCGGUGGACUACUGGGCCCGGCCAGGUCCCUUCUCAAACCCUGUGAAAUACCUGGAGGUCCCUGUCCCAUGAGGGCCACUGCUGUCUAGUGACUGUGAGCCUCUGCUGAGUGGUGAAGCCCGGGCAGCCAGGGGCCGAGGUGGGCUGGAUCACAUCAGCCAUCAGUCGUCAGCUCUAUUCAUCCCUUCAGUCCCCCACUCACCCUCUUAAAGUGCCUUUCCACAUGUUGGACUUGGAAUUGGCCUUUUUGGACAGAUGCUGGCUGGAGCAAGCCGUCCUCGCCCCCCUCCCACUCAGACCACUCUCCUCACCUGUGGGUGCCGGAUGGGAAACUGGAUGGGCACAGACAGGUCUGAGCUGCGGGAGGGGGCCCAGGUGCAGUGGCCAUUAGGAUGGCUGCCCUGCCAGACCGGGGCCCUGGUGGCUGCGCCAGGUACAGCAAUCCCAUCCCCGCCUUCUGCCCGUUCUGCAGAGGGGAGUCAAGGCUGUGCUGGGGAGGGGGUGGCCUGGGUCAGGAAGAGCCCAGGGGCACCCACUUCCUGCAGCCCAGCUGCCUGCCCCCGACCCCCUGCCAAGUGGGGACUAGGGUGGGGCUUCCAGGCUGCCUGGCCAAGACUGGCCAGCAGCAGAAACGGCCAUAAUGUCCACUGAGGGCUGUGCCCGCCCCCACAGACAUCCCGGCUCCAUGCCUGGGCCCAGAAGGAAACAGAUGGCAUGCUCAGAUGAAGGCCAUUUGGGGACUGUGACUAGACUUGUGGGCAGGAGGCAGAGAAGCUACAAGAGGUGCUGCAGAACCGAGGGCCCCACUCCAGGGCAGACAGAGCAGAUGGGGGAGCACUUACCCUUCCAGACAGAGAAAGGUGUGGGGAGCUCACCUGGUGAGGAACAGAGACCUUCGGCCAGGGCCUGGGAGCCCUGAUCCUGCUGUCCUCCCUCUGGGCUGCCCUGGGCUCAGGUGGGGGAGGGGCCGCGUCUGGAAGGGCAGAUGGGAGACAGGCCCAUAACCCCUCUGGCCCCCCCAGACCUGCCCACCCUGUGUCGAUGCGAAAAGUUCAGGGGCCACCAGUUACCUUGUCAUGGGAAGUUGUUAAUUUGGUCACCUGUCCGUCUGAACCCAAAAGCCAUUACCUGUUCCCCACGUGGGUGCCUGAGGUCUUGGUGCUUGGGGGCUCAGACGGGUGGCUCGGGCCCUAGGCCUUGUGUCUUUGUGGGGCACCAUUGCCCACUGACCGUUAUACCACACAGGGGCUCCUGCCCCAUCACGAAGCACUGUCUUAUCUCUGGCUGCCUUUGCAAAAGACCCCCGGCUGGGUGGCUCAAACAACAGGUUUAUCUCCUGGCCCUGGAGGCCAGAAGUCAGAUCAAGUGUGGGCAGGCAGGUCCUCUUGACGCCUCUCGGCGUGGCCUACAGAUGGCGCUCUCUCCCCAUGUGUGUCUGCUAGUCUGCUUAUGUGGGUCCCAGUCUGGCCCACUCGAGACCUCCCUGUCUCCAAAUGUCACAUUCAGAGGUGCGGGGUGGGGGGAGUGUGUUAGAGCUUCGAUAUAUGACCUCCAGGGGAACACAGUUCAGCCCUGACUGACCCUCCGUGGUGGCCCGGGCCAAUCACCCCAGCAGCAAAGCAGCUUCUUCCAUUUGUUGGCUCAGUGGCCUGAGGAUCCCAGAGACCAUCUCAGCUUCCAGCUCACUGGGAGGGGACUGGGUUCCCUGGUGGACCAAGUCCUUCCUUGGGCACCAGGACCUGCGAACCUGCUGAGCAGAGAUCCCAGGGGCCAGUGAGGGGUGUAGGGGCCUCUCCAACCCUCCGUCUCAUCCCUGUGAGUCCUGGCUUUGAGCAGAGCUGCAGUACCCAUUCAAAGUCUGCACCUCAGCGGGUGUUCUGGCCCCAGCCAUGCCACCUGUCCUGGUGGUAAGAUGAACCUUUGUUUGGAGGUGACUGUGUCUCCAGUGUAGUCACCUGUGAUUUGUCCCUCAGUCCCUGCCUGGGACGCAAGUGACCGGCUCCUCUGAUGUAGCUUCCAUGUUGUCGGGGUCAGCAGACUGCUGAUGCAUCCCCACCCUCUCACCACACUGAUGGAUUGGCUUUGGUCUUGGCUGGUUUGGGGUUGGGCUUGGAGCUGUGCGAGAGCUGGGGAAACCCUGUGAUUGGCUCACGCAAGCCUCUGCCCCCAGCUGCCAUGGCCACUUGGCACCUGGGCCCGUGGGGUGGUCACGGAGAUUGGCACACCCUGUUCAUGAGAGACUCCAUGUAGGCGGUGGUCCUGUUUCUGUGGGACAGGGCACCCUCACUCUGCCCCCAAAUUUCUUGUCUGGGUCUUUCUGAAUCGGGCAACUGGUCAACAUCUUGGAUGCAGAGCCAACGUGGGCCACUUGUGUCACCUCGGCUCUGCCCACUGAGAUGUGGGUAUAUGCACACAUAUGUCCAUCAGCCCCCUCUGCUCUCGUUUCUACCCUGGCAGCCCCAGGGGAGAGGGAGGGACAGUUGAGGAGAGCUGGAGCCUCCUCUCCAACACGUGACUCACCCGACUGCAAAAUGCUGCAUGCGCUGGGCUCACUGGGCGCUUGGGCCCCUCGGCAAAGCAGGUCAGACCUUUUCCAGAACUUGGACGCAAGUCGGAGGCUGCUUUCCAGGUGGAGACUGGAUGUUGGAGAGGAAGAAGGGGCCAGUCUAGGGGCCAGGGGUCUGGCCUGAGGUGUGCUCUUGGUUCUGCCUCAGAUAGCGUGGGGUCCGAGGGGCUGUGUGCCCAAGCAGCAGCGUGGUCGUGUCAUGCCUACACCUGCCACAUAGCAUUUUCUUGCAACAUUACCUGUUGCCCAGGAAAUGGGCCAGAACUGCUGCCCCCAGAUUGAGGCCCACUGAGCACUGUGCCUCUGAGAACAGGGUGUCCCAACACUGCCAGCGCUGUGGGACCCCUAGGACCUCCCAGAGGCUCCUGGAUUCACACCGUAUCCCCUACCCUCUGGUUUACUAAGGCAGCGAGGGACUUCUUACCUCCUGCCCACCAGCCCACUUGGCGUGAUAUUGUCAGGGAGACCGAGCUCUCGGUGGGUCAAACUGAGACAGCAAGAGAGUUGGUGCCAUUGAGGCAAACCCUGGAAAUGUGCUGAUGUCCCUGUCACGUGAUGGCUCAGUGCUGCUGAUCCCUUCCUUGAUGGGGACAGAAAAGGAAGGGUUUGCAGGUCAGCUGCAUACUGAGUGGCAUGGCUGUGAUUUUCUCCAGCAAAGAUACUGCACCCAGACCUCAGCCAUGCUUGGUGGCACCAUGGGCUACAUGUCAUCUGUCAUUCGGCACCGACCUGGCAAGUUACACAGAGAACAUGGAAGGGAUCCUCCUGUGUCAUCCAUGUGUCUGAUAUGGGGGCCGAUCUCUGCGGCUUCCCCAUGGAGGGGCCACCUGGGCGCGCGGAGGGACGUCCCGAUAGCCCCCACCCUGGUCAGGGGCCCAAUGUAGGGACGCUGCCCCAGGUAAUGUGUGGACAUUGCCCAUGUGAGCAGCAAUGACGGUGCUCAGGUGUGGAAGUCAGCACCGGCUCGGGGCCAGCAGGCAGCAGCGCCAGGGAGUCAGGACUUCCCUCUGCAGGGCAGUCACCUGAAGAGGGCACAGGGCCCCUUGCAAUCCUGGGGACAUGCCAGCGGCUGCACUGUGGGCUCUUCAGGGAUGGAGCCUCCCCCUCCAUCGCGGGCUCUGCGUCCAUGAACUGACGUAGCUCUGAGACGACGCAGGCCCUGCAGCCUUGCUGUGACAAGUGUCGGAGCUGCCCAGCACACCCUCGGUCUGCACAUGUUCCCAGCAGCGCCUCAUCCGCUGGACCCUGUGUUAGUUGGCCAUCUCACAUAUGACAAGGACCCCUGUGAGACCAUCAUCUCAGCAACUGUGUGUGUGUGUGUGAGAGAGAGAGAGACACACACACACACAGAGACAGAGAGAGAGAGGCCCGGGUCUUGUUAAAACUUGGGUCUGACCGCCAGGCACCACUGGUCCUGGGGGCUCAUGUGGGGAGCAGUGGGGUUGGAGCUGCAGGCUGGGUUGAGGCCAGCGCCCAGUCUCCUGGCCUUUGGCUCCACUCCCAGGGGCUCAGCUGGUCGCGGGUGGCUGCGUCCAUCACCUCAAGUUGUUUGUGCAGUGGUUUGUCCUGCCAGCACUGGCCGCUGGGGGCCCAUCUCUUUUUGGUUCUGGAGGCAGAGGAAUGGCCCACGUGCGGACAUGACAGGCUUUCCAUGGGGCAGGGCCCCCUGCUGAGGGCCUCCUGCCCGUCUGUGCCUGUGUCCCCGUCUCAGCCAGCGAGGGCCUUGGCGGGGACCAGCCUUCCGUCACCGCUGUGUGGAGCCCCUGCCCCAUUGCCCUCAGCUCUCAGGUCUGCGCCUCUUCCCUUUCAGGGCAGAAGCAGGGACAGCCAGUCCUCGUGAGUACUGCCAUUGCCAUAGCAGUCCGCCCCUUACUGGAGAGUAACCGACACAAUAAAGUGCGCUAUUCCAAGCAUACAAUUCGAUCAGUUCUGACACGUUUACGUGAUGAAACCAUGACCAUCAUCUAGAUAGUGAACAUUUCCAUUGUCUCAUGCCUCCCCCGCCCCCCGUCCCAGGCAGCCCCAGGUCUGCUCUCUGUCCCUCCAUCAAUUUUUCUAGAAUGUUAUACAAAUGCUGUCAUAUCACAUGCACCUUUUAAACUGACUUCUUUCACUCAGCGUAGUUAUUUUGAGAUUCCUGUGUUGCAAGUGUUAGUCGCUCACUCCUUAUUGCCGACUGGGCCCCAGGGGACGGGUGCCCAACGGUCGGUCUGUCCAUUCCUUUGUCACGGACUUGCCAGUUUGGGGCUACUCCAAAGAAAACUGCUGUGAGCAGUCGCAUACAAACCUUCAUGGGGACACGUGCCUUCUCUUGUCGGGUAAACACCUAGGAUGGAAUGACUGGAGCAUAGGACCAGGUUAGAUGCGUGCUUGCCUGUUAAAGACCCUGCGGAACUCUUUUCCAGAAUGGUUGUAUCUGCCUCUCAGCAGCAGCAUGUGACAGUCCCACGCCCGCAUCCCUCACCCCCACUGGCUUACACACUGUGCUGGUGUCUUGCCACCGUGCUAAGUGCUCUAAUACAGAGGAUGCCAAAAUAAAAAAAAAUUGUAUACACAUUUUGAAAAAGGAAAAAACUAUUAAAAUUGUAAUAAUAUAUACCGAUAACAGAUGAUGAGUACGAGUCACGUUUGACUUCUGCAAUUACAAGAGGUGCUCAAAGUGGUUACCAUCAGCGUAAUUUUAAUACAGUUUUUUCCUUUCUUAAAAUGUGUAUACAUUUUUUUGGCACCCUCUGGAUUAUUAGCUGAGCACCUUUUUUCUUGUCAAUUCUAUAGCGCUGUUUUUUCUUUUUUUAAAAAAAAAUUUUAAUUUAAGUGUGUCUUUCCAGGACCCAUCAGCUCCAAGUCAAGUAGUUGUUUCAAUCUAGUUGUGGAGGGCACAGCUCACAGUGGCCCAUGUGGGGACUGAACUGGCAACCUUGUUAAGAGCUCACGCUCUAACCAGCUGAGCUAACCGGCCACCCCAACUGUAGCACUUUCUACAUAGGUGAUCAUGUCCUUUACAAAUUAGACCGUUUUGCUCAUUUCCUUCCAAUGUGUGCUGGCUGAACCUCCAGCCAGGUGCUGGACAGAACGGAAAGAGUAGCUCAGUCUGCUUCUGAUUUGGUGCAAGCGUUAGUUUUUAACAGUUUGGUGUGAUGUUGGCCGUAAUGUUUAUCAGGCUGGGAAAGUCCUCAGUGCCUAGUCGGCUGAGAGAUGUUUCUUUAAAAAACAGGAAUGGGUGUUGGAUUCUGUGCAAUGCCUUGUUUGCAUCUAUUGAGAUAAUUGUAUGGUUUUCUUUCUGUCAACUAGAAAGUCAUAUUGGUUGGUUUUCAAGUGUUAAACCAACUUUGCAUCCCUGGGAUGAACCCCACCUGCUCACAACGCAUUAUCCUUUUUGUAUACUGUUGGAUUUCAUUAACUAAAAUUAAAAAUGUUUUGCACCUAUGUGCA